UGGCUCACAGACUCUUGGUGGAAACAGCGCUUUGGUCACAGCCCCUCACUUUGGCUGUCUGCCUGAAUUCGCAUGCUACCUGGUGGUCCGAUCCAGAUUGCCAAGAGAUUUUGAGCGUGAGCGCCUUCCAGCUUGAUGAGGAGGACCAGCAGACUUGUCUUCCAAUCUUACGCCGUUCUUGCUCUGACGCUGGGAGAAGCGUGUGGCAGUUCCUGCGAGGCCCAGGAUGAUCUUGCCAAGGCAUUUGGCCUCUCCAUGGAGGAGGACGAUGCUGGCAGUCUACAACUCUUGCAGGUUGCAAGGUUUGCAUCUUCAACAGAUGCACCCGCUGCGAAAGAGGCUCCACAGACACUUCAGGAGAAGGACACCGUGACAGCUGUGUCCUGGAUGCAGGAGCUCAUGAAAUCAACGAGUGGCACCUACGCUCCACUAUUGAUUUUGAGCGUGCUGGCGCUCGGCAUGGGCGUGCUGAUUCUCCUCUUGCUCCAGUGGCUGGACAGCCGGAAGGAGCCAGCCAUGCGGCGCAGAGGUUUGCUGCACAGUUUUUGCAACGGCGAGAGGGCGUGUGGCACAUCCAAGAAGAUGCGAUCAAUUCCAGCCGCGCACCCAGGAGGAGGAGUAUGCUCAGCUCUUCCAAGAGCACGCCUUCAGCUCAACCAAAUCAGGAAAAUGGUCUUAUCCCGGCAUGGGGACAAGCUUCACACCCGGGCCAAAAGCUGCCACCGCCGAACUGCUUGUGUCAAAGUGCCCGAGCACGCCGAGCGACGGAUGAGAUGAGCCGCCGGUUUUUCAUGACUCCUGGAAGGUGUGCUGGACACCGGGUGGGCAAAGUCUCACACCGGCAAGGGCUCCAGCUUGGAGAUGCGUUG